AUGGGUUCAAGCAUCCCCGACCAAUUCCUCCGGGGCCCACCACCCCCGGACGUCUGCGCCCGCCAGCUCUUCAAGGAUUCCUCUAUCCGGGCAUAUCAAGACUGCUUCGCCGCUGUCAUCGACAACCUCUUCAGCGAAGCCGAGUGCAAGGAACUCCUCCGCCGCGCCGAACAAUCGACCUCCGCAGCUCCCUCCGCCCACCCCACCCCAACAUGGGAGCGCGCCAUGGUCAACGCGGGCGCAGGCAAGCAGGUCAUGUCGGUUGACACGCGGAAAAGCGGGCGCAUAAUCUUCGACUCUCCCGACCUCGCCCAGCGCCUCCUCGACCGCAUGAUGCCGUUCAUGCGCGAAUGGAAUCUGGAUGCCGUCCGGGACCGGCCGCUGGUGACGGGGCUCGGGCCCGCGAGGCGCGGCGAGACGUUCCGGCUCGCGAGGCUGAACGAGCGCCUGCGGUUCCUGCGAUACGAGGGUGGGGAUUACUUCCGCCCGCACUGGGACGGGUGCUAUGUUACACCGGAUGGGAAGGAGCGGUCUUUGUUUACGAUUCAUUUGUAUCUAAAUGGGGAGGGGGAACAGGAUAUGGAAGAGCUUACGGAUGCUAUGCGGCGCUUGGAGAAGGAGAAUGGGCUGGCGACGGAUGAAAAGGGGGAGGUUGGUCUCAUGAAGACCGGGGAGGAGGUCAGUCCUCAGCAAUUGGAUUCGUCGAAAGAGCUGGAGAAACUGCUGGGGGGAGCCACUUCGUUCACCGACAAUUAUCAGGGACGGGCGCCCGGGGACGAUGUCUUCCGCGGCGUCAAGUAUACUGUCCGGAGCGAUGUGAUGUAUACCCUGGCGCCGGGGGACCAGAGGGAGUAG